AUGGAAAAGGUUAAGUCACUGGAUGUUGUUGGGAAAAGGGCAUUAAAAAGUAGAGUUUUUGAACUUGCCUUCCCCACAAUGACUUCUAUGUGUCCACCACCUGAGAAAAUAAAAACUAAAGGGGGAGUCAAGAAGAAAGACAAAAAAUCAGUAGGGUAUGAUGUUUAUAGAGACCCUUCGUAUCAUGAAUAUGUUGAUCAAGCAUCUCAAUCUUCACAGAGGCAAUCUCAACCAUCACAAACUUCGAAGAAGUCAUAUAUUGAUGAUGUAGUUAAUGUUGUAUCAGAUGGUAAUUGUGGAUUUAGAGUCAUUGCUUCAUUGCAUGGAUAUGGUAAAGAUGGUUGGCCAAUGGUUCGUCGAGACUUGGGGUUGGAAAUAAUACAUAAUGAAAGAUUAAGUUUGUAUGCCAAUUUAUUUACUGAUCAGUUAGCAGUAGUGAGAGAAUCUUUGAUGAUAGAGGAAUUUGGUCCUCAACCACCACAUAAAUGGUUAACUCUACCAGAUAUAGGUUACAUGAUAGCGAAUUGUUAUAAUGUUGUAUUUUUCUAUUUAGGAAUUGAAUGUUGGACUUUCUUCCCUGUGACAACUUCAUUUUCACCAAAUGUAGCAAUUUAUUGCAUUGGUUUUGUAAACAGAAAUCAUUGGGUUCAGGUAAACAUGAAAGAAGGGUUUCCAUUGCCACUAGUGACAGUAGAUUGA